AUGGAAAACACAGAUAUUGAGCACUUACGAGAGAAAAUUGAACUAGCUAAGAUUAAAAUCGAAAGUGGGCUUAGAAUUCUGCGUAUCCGUAAAGAAGAAAUGCAAUAUCAACUUGAAAUAAUUCGACAAAUGGAAACUGGUCAAUAUAAAGGGCAAAUAGAAAGAAUAAACGACAUAUAUAGAUUUUGUGGCGCUGACCCAGGUUGCGGAAUGUCAAUUACAGAUUUGAUUAAUUCAAAAAUCCAAAAUGAAAAAGAUAAAAUUAAGCAAAUGGAUGCUGAAAUCAUCGAGCUUCAGAAAAGAUUUGAGAAAGGAAAAGAAGUAUGUAAAAAUGCAAAAAAUAUUUUAUCAGAAUUAAAAUCUCGUCAGACAAAAAUAUUUAAUUCCCAAGUUAUUAUUAAUCAAACAAAGAACAGAUACAAAUCAUUAUUUGCUCAGGUAUCAAAACUCAAUUUUUAUCAAGAUAAAAUCGAAAUGAGAAAGAAAGAAACAGAAAUACUCAAGAAGCAGUUGAGAUUCUUGGAUUACAAGCCUGAUAUGAAACGAUUUAAUGAUGUUCAGCCCAGUGUAAGACCAUCACAAACAAUGAACGGCGUAAAAGACUACAAAACAGCACCAAUCGUCAAGAACAUACAUGAUAAUCAGCAUAUCUUUGAAAAACAGAUGAGUUUUGCUUUAAGUUUUAAUCCACAUACCGAAGUUUCCACGAUUUUGAAUAAAUCUAAUAAAUCUCACAAUUCUUCUCCUUCAAAACAGCAAAAUACAAAUAUUCUAACAAAAUCACCAGAGGAACUUGCUUUGCUUAAGCAAGUAGAAGAGCAAAACCAAAGAAUUAAAGAAAAACAAGCUCAAUUUGAUGCAAUUAAGGAGAAAUACGAUCCAUAUCUUGAUGAAUAUAAUAAAUACCAGUCUCUUGAUCCCAUUGCAAGAGAUAUUAAUCCAGAAAAACUUGCAAAUUUGUAUAAUGAUUUGUUAAAGAGGCAAAAGGAAAUGAGAGAAGAAUACAAAGGUAAAAUAAAUAAAGUGAGAAUUGCUGCCAAUACGAUUUCAACAAUUAAACAAACUCGUAUCGACACUCUUUGCAAAUCUCUCGGAAAGGAACCCAUUAAGCUACCAAUUGAAAUUGAAAAAUACGAACCUGAGUCUUCAAUUAAGGAUAUUUAA